AUCAGAAGAGAGAAGAGGAGCGAGUGAGUAAGCUACCGAUAGAAAAGAAGAGACUCAGCCAGGGAGAAAGUGAGCGAGUACCUGAGAGAGAGAGAGAGAGAGAGAGAGAGAGAGAGAGAGAGAGAGAGAGAGAGAGAGAGAGAGAGAGAGAGAGAGAGAGAGAGAGAGAGAGAGAGAGAGAGAAAGAGCGUGAUUGUGAGAGAGAAAGUGAUUAAGAGAGAGUGAGUGACAGAGAGGGAGAGAGAGAGAGAGAGAGAGAGAGAGAGAGAGAGAGAGAGAGAGAGAGAGAGAGAGAGAGAGAGAGAGAGAGAGAGUGGGCGAAGAUAGAGAAAGUGAGCUAGCUGGCCUGGUGGGUGUGUCUGUCCAGGGAAUCUUGGCCAGCAGGCGUGUGUAGUUGACAGAGACAUCAGAGUGUGACUGGGGAGAAGGAAGCGAGACAGAGAAGGAGGGAAAGAGAUAGAGAUAGAGAGAUUGGAGGAAGAAGAAACAGAGAAAGCCAUUUGCCUCUACACUGGUCGAUGUCAGGACUCACUACGGAGCACACCACAAACUGCUUCCGCUGAGAAACAGGAUGGGGGUGAGCCCCGAGUCACGACCACACUAGAGCCUCCACUGUUCCAGCCCCCAGCCCCGCACACUGCGCCUCCGUUCCUCAAGGGCAACAGGAUGGAUGAGCAGAGAUGUACCUUUCCUCCCCCACUGAAAACUGAGGAGGAUUACAUCCCCUACCCCAGUGUCCAUGAGGUGCUGGGCAGAAAGAGCCCCUUCCCUCUCAUCCUGCUGCCGCAGUUUGGGGGCUACUGGAUCGAGGGCACCAAUCACGAGCUGAGGGACCCUGGUGACUAUGAGCAGAUCCAGCCCCUGUCCCCCACCACACGCACCAAGCUGGAGUGUAACACCACUGCCAAGAUCUACAGGAGACACUUCCUGGGCAAGGAACACUUUAAUUACUACUCAGUGGAUGGUGCACUGGGUCACCUGGUUUUCUCCCUGAAGUACGACGUUAUUGGUGACCAGGAACACCUGCGUCUGAUGCUCAGGACCAAAGUGAAAACCUACCAUGAUGUUAUACCCAUCUCCUGCCUGACUGAGUUCCCCAACGUAGUCCAGAUGGCUAAGCUUGUUUGUGAAGAGGUGAAUGUGGAUCGCUUCUACCCAGUCCUUUACCCAAAAGCUUCGAGACUCAUCGUCACGUUUGAUGAACACGUUAUAAGUAACAACUUCAAGUUUGGGGUCAUCUACCAGAAGUUUGGACAGACUUCAGAGGAAGAGCUGUUUGGGAACAGUGAGGAGAGUCCAGCUUUCACCGAGUUCCUGGAGUUCAUAGGGGAGAAGGUCAAUCUGCAUGACUUUAAAGGGUUCAGAGGUGGGCUGGAUGUUACCCAUGGGCAGACGGGUACGGAGUCUGUUUACCACAACUACCGCAACAAGGAGGUCAUGUUCCAUGUCUCCACCAAGCUGCCUUUCACUGAGGGAGACACCCAACAGUUGCAGAGGAAGCGACACAUAGGGAACGACAUCGUGGCUAUACUCUUCCAGGAGGAGAGCACCCCUUUUGUUCCUGACAUGAUCGCCUCCAACUUCCUCCAUGCCUACGUGGUGGUGCAGGUGGUGAACCCCUGCUCUGAGAAUGUCCUCUACAAGGUGUCAGUGACUGCCCGAGAUGACGUUCCCUUCUUUGGACCAGCCCUCCCAGACCCAGCCAUUUUCAGAAAAGGUCCUGAAUUCCAUGAAUUCCUCUUCACUAAGCUCAUCAAUGCUGAGUAUGCCUGCUACAAAGCUGAGAAAUUUGCCAAAUUAGAGGAGCGGACACGGUCAGCCUUGCUGGAAACCCUGUAUGAGGAGCUGCAUUUGAACAGCCAGGCCAUGAUGGGCCUGGGAGGAGAAGAGGACAAGAUGGAAAAUGGGAGUGGAGGAGGAGGGGGAUUCUUUGAGUCCUUCAAGCGGGUGAUCCGCAGCAGAAGCCAGUCUAUGGACGCCAUGGGCCUCAGUCUCAAGAAGACACACACUGUCUCCAGUAGUCACAGCGGCAGCUUUACCCACAACCACGCAGACAGCCCCAAAUUCCCAGGGAUAUCAUUGCUUGUACCAGGCAAAAGUCCCAGUAAAUAUGGACGUCGGGGCAGUGCCAUAGGGAUAGGAACGAUAGAAGAGUCUCUCAUCAUUCCUGGUAAAAGUCCCACCCGGAAGAAGUCUGGUCCAUUCAGCUCCAGACGCAGCAGUGCCAUUGGCAUUGAGAACAUACAGGAGGUCCAGGAGAAAAGCAGUAGAGAGUUUUCUCUAUGUACACAGAAGACCCCAGACAGUGGUCAUGCUUCUCAGGACCCAAAAUCAGAAGACUCAUCUAAUCAGAGCUCACCUGAGGUACUCACAACAAAGAACUGUUCUUCUCUCUGUGGCAGGGCCCCAUCCAUCCCUGAGGGUCAUGACCUCUCCCGCUCCUCCUCUAACGCCAGCAGCUUUGCCAGCGUGGUGGAGGAGAACGAGACAGAGGCCACUGAGGAUUAUGACACUGGAAUGGAGAGUCUCUCGUCAGCAGGGACACCACACAAGCGGGACUCAUUCACUUACAGCACCUGGCUGGAGGACAGCAUGAGCAGCACCAGCAACACCAGCCGAGGCAGCUCCCCAGGACCUGGAAAGCAUGAUGGAGGGAAAGGAACAGAGAUACGGAUCAAGCUGGAACGGCCACAGGACCAUGACUCCUCAUCGCAUUCCCAUAAAACACAACACCUCCGGGAGUUAAGACGAGCGAGGGCUUUCGCUGAGACCAAUGACGAGGAGGACGAGGAGGACGAGGAGGACGAGGAGGCGGAGUCUGGCAAGUCUGCUGGUCAGUGAAGCUGGAGCGCCCGUACCCAGAAGCCUUGGGGCCGUACCUGGAGACCACACAGAGGGGCCCACUUUUGCACAGUGCUGUUUCUUUCAGUUCACUCACCUCUUCACAUAUCUAAUGCCUGGUUUUAUCUGUUCUAUCCAACCUGUGUUUCCAAAGCAAAGUUUUGUUCAUGAAGUGAAAUAACUAUGUUUGCCAAAAUGUUGCUUUUGGUUCAGUUAAGGCCUACUAUAGAUUUGCACAGAUCACACAUGUCAAAGACAGUGAACUCAAUCAGAGAUUGGUCUGUGUUAACAUCUGGAUGUCAUGACACUGCGGCUGUGUGGAAAGGUCUGUAUUGCAGUUCAACACCAUUUUGCUCAAUUGACAUCUCUAAUGUCUAAAACCAAAUAUCCAAAACCAGAUGUGAGAUUUUUUAUUAAAAGUCUCUUUUAAUUCUUAGUUGUUGAAUGCUGUUUAAAAUGUCAGUGAUUUUCAGAGUUAAGUGAUUGUAGUUUGUCUAUUAGCAUUUGGUUCAUCAAAUAUCUGUGUAGAACUCUACAUCAAAACAUUCUCAGCUAAGGACUGGAUCCUCUCUCCUCAUACACUAGACCUGAGUCUUUGUUUUUAGUAAAUGCCAAACCUCAUACUCUAACUUAAGCGGGGAUACAUGAAUGAAUGCAAUGACAUAGCCUUAAAACUGGAAUAUUAAUUUUAAUAAACCAUUCUAAAUUGGUUGUAUCUUUACUUUUUACUAGCAUGGUCUUUUAGCAGUAAUGGGAUGGUGGUUUCUGAUUGAAUGGGAAUUGAUCCGCAUAGUUUUGAGUACUUGAUUCUUACUGAUAAUGUACAAUUUUAUUAUUAUGAGCCAUUCUCUGAAACAGCUUUGCACUUUCCAACUAUUAGAUCGUUGUGAGCUAAAUGCAGGUAUAGCUUUGCACUUCUACUGUGUUCGGGGUAUUUUGUACAUUUCAAGCAUGCUAUGUCUGGAAAACACAUCAAUGCACAAUGUUUCUUUACACAUCCAAUUAACCAAUCAAAUUGAUCAAUAGUGACUGUCUCCCAGGUUGAAUCAGCUGUACACUGUUGUCAUUGUGUUGUAAUUUGUGUUUUCAUUUAUUUGGGGUGUGUUGUGCCUGUUAAACUCCACUUGUGAAUCUGAUUCAAAGUUGGCUUCUACAGUAUGUCCAUGAGAGAGAUGGCCAGAGUCAGUGAUACAGUAGGUACUCAGUAUGUGUAAUAUCUGAAGUCUGUAGACCGUAGAAGGUCAGCAUACAACGUGUCAGAUUGGAAUUAAAUACAGAUAAUUACAAGAUACUUUCUAUUCAUAUACUGAACUGAAUUGAACUUUGCCAAAUUAUCCAAGUGUGUGGUUUAUUUUAUCAAUGGUGCCCUUACCUUUCUAAAUACAUUUUGAACGUUUUUAAAGAAAAAUACUUGCAUAAUUGUCUCAGUUAAAAGUUUGCAUUGCAAUAAAAAGUGACCUAAGUUGCAUUAUGAGAUGACAAACAAAGAGUUAAAGGGAGAACAAAUUGUGUAUAUCCAUCUGAAAUGUUUAUAGAAUUGCCUUUCUGAUAUUAUCUAUGUCAUCCUUUACCUUUGGGCUCAAAUCUGCUUUAUACGCAAAAUUUGGAAGUCACUUUGGAAAUUAUACGUUUUUGUUUAUUAGAUACACAACAUGUGUCAGGUAAACAACACAACUGUAUAGACCUGCUGUGUACUGUAUUUAUUUUUUUCAAUGCUCAAAUGGUAACCAAUUAAGGAAUGUCCUACGAAUAAAUUAUUUAAUGCCACCAACUAAGUCUCUGAAAGUAGAACAUUCUAAAAGUGGAGAGCCUUUCUCUGCUUAUAUAACUGUACUGUACCAUAUUGACCAGAAAACCAUCUAAUAUUAAUGAGUUGGAAAAAUAUAAAAUAGAUACUAUCCUAUGUGAUAUAAAGCUGAGACUGACAGUAGGCUAUAUUUAAUUUUCAACAAUGUACCGGUAAUCCCAAUGCCUGAUAUGUAGUAUGUUAUGUAUUUAUUUGAUUUCGGAAUGAUAAAAAAAGAUUACACUGGUGUCUUGGUAUUCUAGUGCCCUCCAGUGGUGUAAAUGUAGACUUGCAUAUUGUUACUGUGAGUAAAUGUGCUUAUGUGGUCGUUUUUCAUCGUCAAAAGGAGAGCAAAGCACAAUGUCAUGCAGCAUCAGGAUAGGUUACUGUAUUUGUGACCACUGCUUCAGUGUGAUCCACACAAAUGAUUGUAUUUGUGUUUUUGUUUGUUGAUAAAGUAGUGAAUUCCUGUCAAAGAUGAUCCUGUGUACAAUAUGGUUCUCCCUGUUUGUAAAUAACCGUGUGAAAAUUAAAUAAAGUACAUGAGCUAAGUCA